GUCAGUGUCUCUCGAGGAGCGGGGGGGAAGAGAAAUGGCUCUUGCUGGGUUGCUCGUGGUGGGCCUUCUUGCGACGGUGGCGUCGUCCGUCGACGGCUACGGUGGAGGAGGAGGCGGCUGGGUCAAUGCGCACGCCACCUUCUACGGAGGCAGCGACGCUUCCGGCACAAUGGGCGGGGCGUGCGGGUACGGCAACCUGUACAGCCAGGGAUACGGGACGAACACGGCGGCGCUGAGCACGGCGCUGUUCAACAACGGGCUGAGCUGCGGGUCGUGCUUCGAGAUCCGGUGCGUGAACGACCAGAAGUGGUGCCUGCCCGGCUCCAUCGUCGUCACCGCCACCAACUUCUGCCCGCCAAACAACGCCCUCCCUAACAACGCCGGCGGGUGGUGCAACCCGCCCCAGCACCACUUCGACCUCUCCCAGCCCGUCUUCCAGCACAUUGCCCAGUACCGCGCCGGAAUCGUCCCCGUCGCGUACCGAAGGGUACCCUGCCGGAGGGGUGGAGGCAUCAGGUUCACCAUCAACGGCCACUCCUACUUCAACCUCGUCCUCGUCACCAACGUCGGCGGCGCCGGCGACGUCCACGCGGUGGCCGUGAAGGGGUCGAGGACCGGGUGGCAGCCCAUGUCCCGGAACUGGGGCCAGAACUGGCAGAGCAACGCCAACCUCAACGGCCAGUCCCUCUCCUUCAAGGUCACCACCAGCGACGGCCGCAGCGUGGUCUCCAACAACGUCGCCCCCGCCGGGUGGUCCUUCGGGCAGACCUUCGCCGGAGCGCAGUUCCGCUGAGGGCCCACACCUUACCCCCAAACACCAAACCUUCAAUCAAUCGAUAUAGUCAUAUAGCUGCUGCGAGGGUAUGACCGAGUGGGAAGGAUUUAAUUCGUACACUAGGUUAUUAUAUAAUUACUAUGCUAUAUAGUAUAGGCAUUGUCGGUCCAAAAUGAAGGAGGGGCUAGUUUUAAAUGGCCCCUUUUUUCUAAUUUGGGUCAUUAGUGAUGAUUAUUAGGUCUCAUUGGUGAAAAGUCCAAAGUUGUGAUUUUUCCUUAGGGUGUCAGAAAGGUCAUUUCGUUGCUCCUGCAAUUCUGUGGCAAUUGAAUGCAGAAGCUUUUGGCAGAGGUGGAGACUUACCACCCGCCGUUAGUAAA